GGUGGUCCAGGCGGGUCUUCGUGUGGUUAUGGAAAUUUUGAUAUAAUUGGGCCACUAGAUUCAAAUUUAAAAGAAAGAAAUACGUCAUGGAUAUAUGAAGCUAAUCUGCUCUUUGUCGACAACCCAGUUGGCGCUGGUUACAGUUAUGUUGAUAACAAAACACUUUUUACCACUGAUGUUGCUCAAAUAAGCAAAGAUUUAUUAACGCUAUUAAAAUCAUUCCUGCAAAGUAAUCCAGAAUACAAAAAUAUUAGAUUUUAUAUUUUUGGUCAAUCAUAUGGAGGGAAGAUGGGAGCUCAUUUUUCUAAAGUUUUAUAUGAAGAAAUACAAGCUAAAAAAAUAGAAUGCAACUUAGUUGGCUAUGCAAUGGGCAAUUCUUGGAUUUCUCCUAUAGACUCAACAUUAACUUGGGGACCGUUCAUUUAUUGGAUGUCAACCACCGAUGAAAAUGGACUUGAAAACAUACAAAAACCAGCAAAGCAAUGCCAAAAAGCUGUAGAUGAAGGACGUUGGAAGGCGGCGACGGAAUUGUGGCGAAUAACCGAAAUAGCUGUUAUGAAGAACACAAACAAUGUUGACUUUUAUAAUAUUUUAAAUUUUAAUGUACCUACAUCAAUUUCAAAACUCCAUAGCGAUUUCGGUAUUUUGUUCAGAAAAGAUGGGGAAACAUUGGAAUCAGACAAUUUAGAUUCACUGAUGAAUGGACCGAUUAAAAAGAAAUUGGGCAUCAUACCAGCACACGUAAAAUGGGGAGCACAAUCUGGGGAUGUUUUCAAAUAUCAAGAAGGCGAUUUUAUGAGACCAGUUGUACAAAUAGUUGACGAAACACUUAUGAACACUACUUUGGAGGUUGUUGUUUAUCAAGGACAAUUGGAUAUCAUUUGUGACACAAAAGCUGCAAUGGACUGGGUUCAACAAUUUAAGUGGUCGGGGUUAAGCUUGUAUAACAAAUCCGAAAGAAAAGCAUUUGUUGAACCAUUAACCGGUCAAACUGAAUUUUUUGUGAAAGCAUACGAAAAAUUCAAAUUUUAUUGGAUUCUAAGAGGAGGACAUUCGGUAUGUUUGUUUUCAUAUUUCCUAAUUACAAAAAUGAAAAAAUUGAAUUAA